AUGAAGCAGGUCCACGGGGAGAGUCGGUUCCGCGACUUUGAGAACUCUAUCCUCACGGAUCGCAGGGCGCGCAGCAAGGGUGAGGGCGGCAAGAUACCGUUUGCAACAACCACUCCUGACACAGAACUCUCGGUGUGGCCUUUUGCCCGCGUCAACGACGUGUUCUUGCAGCUACAGACGUAUGAAGCUUCUCUUCAUCAGCACUGGAGUACAACAGAAUCGGCAGAACUGUUGCUCAAUUCUUCAGUAUUCCCGUUCCUCGCACGCAUUCUGGACGUGAAGGUCUGCAUGAUUGUGGCUGAGGGCGAUAACAUCACUGCGUGGGAUUUGGACAUCGAGGCUUUCAACAGGAUCGCUUCCCCAUUGAAGAACAUACAGAUCCUUCCUGGUACUAGCCAUAUGAGCCUAAUUGGUGCGUCCUAUCGUGUACCGAUCGCGUGUGGCGAGGCCAAGUCAUAA